AUGUCGACUCAGACAAUGACUACCAAGCGGAAUCCCGCAGACUCCAUGGUGUCUACCUGGCGCCACGACCGAUCCCAAUGGAGCUUCUGGCACUGGAUGAUCGAACUCUUGGGACUACAUCUCGUCGACCUAGACAACAAAGUCCCUAUCUUCUCCAAGAAAGAUAAAAUCCCAGCCAUACGUGAAUGGACGGUCCAUCUGUGGAUUCUGAUUCACGCGAUGAUCCCACUCGUCCUUCAUCAUGUCUACACGACCUACACCGGCCAGAAUUUGGGUCUCAUCGGCGCUUUCGCUCUAUAUUCCAGUUUCUUCAAGCUCAACGGUAUCCAUGAAAUGCACAUCAUGCGUCGCCUUGGUCAGGUCUACGGGUUUUUGGAUGGCGACAAACAUCCACGAGAUGAAAUACCUGAUGUUGGCGUUGGCAAGGUUAUACGGGAACUCAUUUCAACGUCAUCACUGCGCAUGGUCAUGGCCAUCUUCCUCACCUAUCGACAGGGUGAGGCACCAGCAACUCUACAAUGGAAAUGGCUUCCUUUGGAGAUAGGCCUGUACAGUAUCACCGUCGACUUCUGGUUUUACUGGUAUCACCGUAUGAUGCACUCCGUGGGACCCCUGUGGCAGUUCCACCGUCGACACCAUUUGACAAAACACCCUAACCCCCUUCUUUCUGCCUAUGCCGACCACGAGCAAGAGUUUAUGGAUAUAACCGGUAUCCCUCUUAUGGCGUAUAGUACGCUGAAGGUUUUCGGCUUGCCGAUGGGAUUCUACGAAUGGUGGAUCUGCUUCCAGUAUAUUGCCUUCUCGGAAUUCAUUGGGCACAGCGGUCUCCGGUUGCAUGGCGGAGCACCCUCUACUGUGAAUUGGCUGUUGGAAUUAUUUGAUGCAGAACUGGUUAUUGAAGAUCAUGACCUUCAUCAUCGAUAUGGCUGGAGGAAGAGUCAUAAUUAUGGCAAGCAGACUCGUCUUUGGGACCGGAUUUUUAGGACUUGUCAUGAGCGCAUUGAAAGUGUUAAAGAUAAUGUCGAUUACGAGAAUCGUGUCACGAUGCCACUUCUUUGA